UUUACAACUACAUAACCUAACAAUUGAUAAAUAUUAUAAAUACGGCUAGUAAAAAAAUAUAAUCAAGUGACAUGUAUUUUUAAAUAAAUUAUAAUAAUAUUAACAUAAUUAAAGUACAAUUUCAUCAUGAAUGCAAAAUAUCACUGUGAUUAUUGCAACAUUUCGUUUAAAGAUGAUGGCACCAAACGAAAAACUCAUUUGAAUGGAUUUGCACACAAUCGUGCUAAGAAUGAAUAUUUAUUAUUACACAGAGAUAUAAGAGAUAUAAUACAACAAGAAUCAGCUAAACAACCAUGUGUAAGAUUUUUAAAUGGUAUGCAUUGUAAUUUUGGAGCAUCUUGUAGGUUCACACAUUAUUCACCUCCUGAACUGGACAAUUUAAGAAGAAUCGCUGAUGAUCAUGAAAGGAAGCGUAUGGCCCGACGUGUAUUCAAAUCAGAAUCAUCGGGACGAGAUCUAUUAAACUCAUGGUUGAUGAAAAGGAAUAAGAUUAAAACCUCAAAACAAUUAACGCACAAAAAAGUUUUACAAAAAAAUAGUUCUGAAUCAGGGAAUGAAAGUGUAAGUGAAACCUCACAACUGGAGAGCACCCAAAUAGACAACGAGAAUGGAAAUGAUGAUACAAAUGUAUUUACUUGGACUAGACCAAGAAUAAUGUUAGAUAUGAACUUUUUGCCACCUUCUCUGCGGGAAUUUAAAGAGGAAGACUUUACUGAUAGUGAUUUUGCACAAUGGUGA